GUUGGAAUUACGAGGACCAUGAGUCACAAGGGGUAUAAGUUUACAUUUCGCUGCAGCACAUAGGAUAGAGACCUCGGUCAACAAAUUACAAAGACAACAACUAUGCCGCUGGAAGUGCGACAAGUGGAGGCAGGCGACAUUGCUGAUAUCGCCAGGAUGGACCGCAUCACGAUGAAGGAUGUUGGCAUCUCUAGAGCAAUAUGGAAGAUACAGGAAGCCGAGGGUAUGGAUAUAACUUAUUCAUUCAUGAGGUUCAUCUCGAUAGGGAUGGAGCAUCAUGCAAAGACCUUUUGGAAAGUUGUCGACACCGAGAGCAACGAGCUGGUUGCGGUGGGCAAAUUCACGUUCCAAUACCAUGAAGGUGAGGCUUACCAGGACACGCCUGUGGGAGGCGAGGAAGCGAUACCUAAGAGCCUGCUGGACUUUUUUGCAUGGCUCAACGUAGGGUCAACCGAGUUUGCGAAACAGAACUUCACGGGUAGACGACACGCACAUCUUGCAUAUCUUGCGACGCACCCAAUGCAUCGAAAGCGUGGAGCGGCACGCAUGCUACUCGAGAAAGGUACAAAGGCAGCCGACGAAGCAGGGCUGGACAUGUAUCUCCAAGCGUCUCCAGUGGGAGUGGGAGUGUACCAGAAGUUUGGAUUCGAGGUGGUGUCAGUUGAGGACAUUGACUUGAACCCGUAUGGAGUGGACAAGGUGGAUACAAGAACGUAUAUGAAGAGGGUGGCUCAAAGUGGAUGAUAAAGUGUAGCGGGAUGUGAACAGAACGGUUGCGGAUUCUCAUAUAUUUGCAACGGUGGGCUAUAGGAACAGGAUGCCGGACUCAGACAAUACAUCAGCCACGGCCGAAGAGAUUGAUUGAGAUGUCGAGAGUUCAUCCUGUCAUGUGAGAGGAGCGUCUAGAUGGGUGCAUGCAAGAUGCAUGACAGGGGCCGAGAUGGGUUGUUUCCGAGGCUGACCUUGUCGAUAAUA